AUGAACUAAAGAUAGAUUGCUUUGCGAAAAAUAAUCGCUUCUAUAAUAUUACAAGCCAAUGUUUUAAUGCACCUGUCGCUUUCGGCGGUAAACGACCACAGAUUAUAAAUAUAACAAACGUCACACAUCUAUACUCUAUGGUGUUGGAAUAGAGUUCUUUUUCGCGUUUAUUUCAAUUGUUUAUACCAAGGUUUGUGACUCCAGAAAUAAAUAUUACACCCUCUCCAGAAUCACGAUUUCAGUGCCAAGUUCCCGUCCUAGAUGCGUAGCGUCAGUCAACACGCGGUAACCGUGCCCGAUGGUCAGAAUCGAAAGUGUUAAAGCGUAAAUAUUGUGAAAAAAAAGGUACACUUUGACAUUUGUUGACGCGGGAAAAUAUUUCGACAAUAUGGCAGACGAUGGUUUUCAAGUUUAUAUGAGAAUGGAAAAUAUAACAGAACAAGAAGAUAGACAUUUAGCUGGCGCUAGAAAGGAAAUAAGGAAUGAUCUAACAGUUUUAAUACCAGAAAAUCCAUUCCCAGAAAUAGCAGUAGAAGCGUACCCACCUCUCAAAUUUUCAUGGGUCAUUCCUAAGAAGUUGGCGGCUAUGGCGUUCCCAAGGAAUAAAGAGAAUUUGCAGUUCCUCGUCAAUCAAGGUAUAACGAAUCUGGUAACACUAACAGCGGGGAAAAAACCUCCCGUAGACGAUAUUGCCAGAUUGAGGUGGACAGAGAUACCAAUAGAAGAGUUUGAAUUACCGACAAUAGAACAAAUAAAGAAGUUCAUUGACGUUUGUAAACGAGCGGACAAAAAUGGCGAGGUGAUGGGCAUACACUGCCGACAAGGGCGCAGUCGCUGCGGCGUCAUGCUGGCCUGUUACUUGGUGCACUUCCACAGGUUCCUGCCCGACCAGGCGUGCAACGUCAUCCGGAUGAUGAGACAAGGCUCUUUGGAUUUCCCGGAGCAAGAGGAAAUGGUUGACAAAUACUUCGAGCACCUAACUGAAGACAAUCCAUUGAGGUUCGGUGUCAGUGGUGAGGUGAUGGAAGAGUUUAUUGAGGCAGCCAGAGAGAGCACAAAGCGCAUUCUCUAAUCUAGCACCAUCUGUCUGUGAUCAUGCUGUAUUGUGAUUUAUUUAUAAUCUAUUUGAAAAAAUACUGUACCUGAUGGAAUAAAGUUAUCGAUGUUUUUAAAACUUAACUUCAAUUUAACAUUAACUAGCAAUAACAGCUUUAAUUCCUUAAUAAAAUUCGAUUCUACUCACCCUAAAUAAUGGCUUGCCAAUGACGUCUAAAGGAUUAUUUCAUACGAUGGAAAUACAAUUGUUUGUAGUCUACAAAAACGAUGAAACAUAAAUAAAUCUUUUUUAACGAG